AUGUUCCCACCUCCGAGUCGACCUCCAUUCCCCUCCCACUCAGCACCAAUAGAUCAAGACACCGCAACCCGUUCAACAGACACAGACGCUCUCCACGCCCGACUCUCCGCUUCCCGCCUCUCAUACUUCCCCGACCCAUUCGUAGAAUCGUUCGUCCUCCGCGCUCAGGGGGUGCCGAACCGGCCUGCGCUCAUUAAUGUAGGCACGUGGUUGAGGGGAAGGAGCGUGGAUGCGCUUGUAAAGGGGUUUGUUCAGCGUGUGGGGGAGGGAGGGAAGGUGCAGGUGUUGAGCUUGGGCGCGGGGAGCGAUACCCGAUUUUGGAGGAUCUCGUCUACACCUAUGGGAGGGAAGAUCGCCCGCUGGGUAGAGGUCGACUUUCCUGAAGUGACAAGCAGCAAGGCGCGUGCGAUCUGGAAGCAUGCGCAGCUGAAAGGGGCCCUGGGUGUAUGCGCGCUGACGGGAGGAGGCACAGGAGUGAGAGGGGAGAAGUACGCCCUCCUCCCUGCGGACUUGAGGUUAUCACCCGAAAAGACACUCGGCGCACUCCUUACUCCCGCAAACGACACAGAUGCGCUCUUAUCCCCCACCCUGCCGACCCUGGUCUUGCUCGAGUGUGUGCUGCCGUACCUCCCUUUGAGGGAGGGAGAGACAGUGCUCCGCUGGGCUGGGGAAAGGUUUGGGAAAGUCGCGGUGGUGCUGUACGAGAUGUUCGGUCUGGGAGACGCGUUUGGCAAGGUGAUGAGGGAGAACUUGGCUGUGAGGGGUGUACAGAUCCCGGGAACUGUGGCUAGCCUCGAUGCCCUGAACGAGCGGUUCCAACGCGCGGGGUUCGAAGGCCAAGCGCUUACACUACGGGAUAUCCGGACACACUACGUCCCCCCAGCGGAGAACGAGAGAGUCGCGAAACUGGAACUGAUGGACGAGUAUGAGGAGCUGGAUUUGGUGUUGGGACAUUAUGCGGUCGCUUGGGGGAGUAAGGGGGUUACGGGGUGGGGAAUGAGUAGGGCGGAGGAGGAGAUAUGAGGAUGUGUAUGAUUGAGCUCAACGAUGAUGUGAAAGUAACAAUAACGUGAAUGAAUGUAUACAAU